UUAUGGGGUCUAUAGCAGCCGCGUGUUCAGAUUAGAAUUCAUCGUUAGUUUCUCGUGGUGUUCGGUCGAGUGAGGUACACUCGGGUUCGGUUCUGAAAAAUGAACUGGAACAGUGGUGACGAGCCGUCCUACGACACUGAAUCCGGUGGUACAUUGGAGUCUCUUCGGACAGAUUUGCGGCCGCAGUCUGCCCAAUCGCACGAGUGGCAACACCAAAGCGGAGCAGGAUCAUCCUCGGACAUCCAGCUACUGAACGACGAUCAGGAGAAAGCGAUUCUGAGCGAUCUGUGUAAAACUGCCGACACAGGAAGUACGCCACUGACCACAUUUAGCUACAUCAGUGAGUACAUCUGCUCGAACAACAUCGACAUAUGGCCGGGAGAGUUGCCCAGUGCGUCGGACGCAUGUGGGAAGAUCAGUUUCGCCGAUCAUACCCUUGGAGAUCAGCGAUUUCCACGGGCCAGCUGUAUGCAUCAGCAGAUUUAUUUAAAGUGUAAACGGGUGCUAGAGUCGAUCAUAGCGAGGAACGACCAGAUACUGGCAAUGCUGCGCAGAAAACAGCACGUGAAUAAGUCCCCAAAGCGGUUAGUUUGAAUAUUUGGUACUCUCUUACCUGUUUCGAUUGAGAGGUCAUAAGUGUUUUGGGCGGGCGUGCGAAUCGAUCGGUGGUUUCAUAUCUGAGUCCCAGCGAAGACGGUCUACCAAAUAUGCUACAAAUUCAAAAGUUUGAAGUGUGAUGCCAUUAGUUAUUUGCCAUAAAAUAAGCUCAGUGUAGAAAUGAAAAUCUAGUGUCUAAAGAAAGUUCCCUAA